AUGGCUAAUCAAGUUGCUAUUAUGUUGUCUUUUUCAAAUAUAUUUAAUAAAUUUUUGUACAAUGUACAAUCAGUAUCAGAUCCUAGAAAUCCACUUAUAAGGUUUCGCGCGGCCGAAAGUGUUGAUCUCAUUUUUCCAUCAUUUGUUCUUAAUGAUAAUUCAGUGGGUCCGCAGCCGAAGCGUGAAUUAUCAGUUUUUGGCUUGAAUGACAACAUUAAUUUGAUUUUUUUAGAAGAUAUGUGUAGGCAAGUUAUUUAGAAAAUUGGUCCAACACUCGACUUGAUGAUAUAUCAUCAUCCACGCACCAAAAAGCACCUUGGUAUGGCAUAUAUUGUUUUCCAAGAAGUCAGUGAUGCUGGUGCAUUUAUAGAAAAAUAUAACGGUGUGACGGUGAUGGGUAGUGCAAUAAGUUGUUCAUUUGAUCCCUAUGCUUCUGAAGUAAGUGAAAAAUAUCAGGAAUUAACAGUGGAGGAUGCACCUACUCCAAAUUAUUUAAAAAAUAUUAAUAAAGAAAGAUUGAAAAAAAUACGACUAAAUUUUGUAUCUUGCUGUUCUCACAGUGAGAAUCAUUCUGAAAAUUGCGAAAGUUCCUUUGCAAAAGAACAAGAUGAAGAAUUAACGUUGGUCGAGAGUGCAAAAAAAACAGCAUUGCCACUUCCAAAAAUUAUUGUUCCAGCGGAUGCACCUCCUGGUAUUAGAGAAUCUUCAAUUGUUUCGUGUUCAGAACCGGCAUAUAUUGCACGUCUUCCACCACCUCCAUCUCCACUUUUAUGCCCACCGUUCCGUCCUCCUAUGUUUAAUUUUCCUUCUUCUGUCCCUUUCGGUCUACCUCAUUCCUCUCUUUCAUCCGUCGUUUCUAUGCAGACACAUAAUCCUUGUUUCUCAAAAUCGAGUUCAAACCAGAAUCUGUUUAUUCCACCUCCACCACCACCUUCAUCAUUUGAGAAAGCGAUAUCUACGGAUUGCUCAAGGAUGCCUUUGGUUCCUCUUAUUGCACCUCCUAUCCCUCCUCCUAUUCCUCCUCCUGUUCCUCCUCCUAUACUUUCUUACAGUUCACAUCUUCAAAAUACUAGCGAGCCAUUGAAAGGCGAGGAUAAUGCAAUAUCUGAUAGUGCAAACUCGAGGCACAAUCCAGUAGAAAUUCGCCUUCCAAAAAAUUUCGUUUCAUUAGUUGGUGAGUCUUCUAUUUAA